AGGGAAGGGGAAAUAUCGGUCGUCGUCUCGCCAGUUGUGCGGUUUCGCGGUGGUCGCCGUUGCCAAUAUGGCGCCGCCGGCAACGAGUGUCGAUGAGCUGGUGCAACAUAUUUCGUUACACACGCGAAAACCUUUCCUCUUGGAUGGCUGCGUGAGCCCGUUCUUGACUUUAUACGCAGCGUGGCUGUACCUGUGGACGUGCGUGUAUGGUGUGUCUGAGUACUAUGAAGCUGGACUAAUCGCGCUCGCCUGCCUAGGCGUCGUGCACAUACUGACGUGCUUGUUUUGUCACUGGUCGGUGCACGUUCGCUGCCUUCUGUCCUGCAGCAGGGAAACAAACCCAACGAAGGCAGUGCUUGCAAAAGUCGUGCCCACACCCAACAAUGGCUCAGCUGAGCUGGUCUACCUUCAUGUGGACACGGUGCCAGGUGAAGAGGAACCGUCCGUGUGGUUUCUCUUCCAGAAGACCAAGUACCUAUACAGCUUUGAGCGCAAGGCCUUUCGUGGGAUCGAGUUCCCCACAGAGAUGCCCCUGCGGAACUACCAGGAGUGCAAGGGCUACGUGGAUGACGCCGACCUGGCAGCGGCCGAACGCCAAUACGGCAAGAAUGAUUUGGAGCUGGAGGUGCCAGAGUUUGGUGCCCUGUUCAAGGAGCGUGCCACGGCGCCCUUCUUUGUGUUCCAAGUGUUCUGCGUGGCACUGUGGUGCCUGGAUGAGUUCUGGUACUACAGUGUGUUCACCCUGUUCAUGCUGGUUGCAUUUGAGUGCACCCUAGUGCAGCAGCAACUGCGCAACCUUUCCCUAAUCCGCAAGAUGGGCAACAAGCCAUACAUGAUCCAGGUCUACAGAAACAGGAAGUGGAGGCCUAUUCUAAGCUGCGAUCUGAUUCCUGGUGACAUUGUGUCUAUAGGCCGGUCCCAAAAUGAGAACCUUGUCCCAUGCGACAUGCUGCUUCUGCGUGGGCCAUGCAUUGUGGAUGAGUCCAUGCUUACCGGAGAGUCAGUGCCACAGAUGAAGGAGCCCGUGGAGGAGCUGGAUCCGGAACAGCUGCUGGACAUGGAGGUGGACGGCCGGCUGCACGUGCUCUUUGGAGGCACCAAGGUGCUUCAGCACACCCCCCCUGCCAAGGCCAGCACAGGACUCAGGCCCUCGGACAAUGGUUGUGUGGCAUACGUGCUGAAGACGAGCUUUGGCACGGCCCAGGGCAAGCUGCUGCGCACCAUCUUGUUUGGAGUCAAGCGGGUGACAGCCAACAACCUCGAGACCUUUGCUUUCAUCCUGUUCUUGCUUCUGUUCGCUGUUGCUGCCGCCUCCUAUGUCUGGAUCAAAGGCACUGAGGACCCCACACGCAACCGCUACAAGCUGUUCCUGGAGUGUGCACUGAUCCUAACUUCAGUGGUGCCGCCUGAGCUGCCCAUUGAGCUCUCCCUGGCUGUGCACACCUCAUUGCUUGCAUUGACACGACUCGGGGUUUACUGCACGGAGCCCUUCCGGAUCCCGUUUGCUGGCAAGGUUGAGAUCUGCUGCUUUGACAAGACUGGGACACUCACCUCGGACAGUCUCGUUGUUGAGGGCAUUGCAGGGCUCAAGGGGUUUCCCGAGAUCUGUGCUGUCACGGAGGCACCUGCUGAGAGCAUCCAGGUAUUGGCCUCGUGUCAGUCCCUGGCCCAGCUGGAUGAUGGCCUGGUGGGCGACCCCUUGGAGAAGGCUACGCUCACUGCCAUUGAGUGGAACCUCACAAAGGGGGACUGUGUGGUUCCCAGGCGGGGCCGUGCCCCUGGCCUGAAGAUCUUCAGCCGCUUUCACUUCAGCAGUGCCCUCAAGCGCAUGUCGGUGGUGGCAGGCUUUGCGGCCCCUGGGGCAAUGGAGACCACCUACAUUGUGGCUGUCAAGGGUGCUCCCGAGACCCUGAAGGGCAUGUUUGCCCACAUUCCCGAGGACUAUGACGAGGUGUACCUGCGCAUGUCGCGUCGUGGUGCCCGUGUGCUGGCCAUGGGACGCUGUGUGUUGGGACAGUUGAGUCACCAGCAGGUGCGGGAUCUUACACGGGAUACGGUCGAGCGGAACCUUGAAUUUGUUGGAUUUCUAGUGAUUUCCUGCCCUCUGAAAAGCGACUCCCUCGCUGUCAUCAAGGAGAUCCAAGCCUCCAGCCAUCAUGUGUGCAUGAUCACGGGUGAUGCACCGCUCACCGCCUGCCACGUUGCCCAAGAGCUCAACUUCAUCUCCUCUCAACGAGCAACACUCAUCCUCACAGAGUCCGGAGACGAAAGAUGGGAGUGGGUGAGCAUUGACGAGGCUGAGCACAUUCCCCUGGAUGAAUCGCUGAGUGACCAUAGUCUUUGUGUCAAGUACAACCUCUGCAUCACUGGUGAGGGCUUGGCCUACCUGACAGCAACAGCCAAUAACUUCCUGAAGAGGAUGCUGCCCCAUGUCCGAGUGUUUGCACGUGUCGCCCCAAAACAAAAGGAGCAAGUGAUAACAGCCCUCAAGAGCCUUGGUUUCGUUACCCUCAUGUGUGGCGAUGGGACCAAUGAUGUGGGUGCCUUGAAGCACGCCCACGUAGGAGUGGCCCUCCUGGCCAAUGCGCCGGUGCCUCAGGGCAAGCGUAAGAAAGAAGAGGUUGCCCAGGACCCGGCAGACGGCGUACCGGAUGCAGUGAGCUCCCGCUUGGAGGCCAUGGCUGCCCGCGGCCGCCCAGGGAAACGGCCCGAUGGCAAGCCCAGUGCAGGGCCCCGGCCUGGAUCUCGAGCUGACAAGAUGGCAGAUGCCCAGAGGCAGCUACAGAAGCUGCUCAAGGACCUGGAGGAACAGGACCAGGCACAGGUGGUCAAGCUCGGUGAUGCUAGUAUUGCAGCACCUUUCACCUCCAAGCUGUCCUCCAUCCAGUGCAUCUGCCACGUGAUCAAGCAGGGCCGGUGCACACUAGUGACGACCCUGCAGAUGUUCAAGAUCCUAGCACUGAACGCCCUGGUGCUGGCAUACAGCCAGAGUGUGCUCUACCUGGAUGGCAUCAAGUUCAGUGACACGCAAGCUACCCUGCAGGGCCUCCUCCUGGCUGGAUGCUUCUUCUUCAUCUCACGAUCAAAGCCUCUGAAGGUCCUUUCCCACGAGCGUCCAUUGCCCAACAUCUUCAACGCGUACACCCUGCUGACGGUGCUGCUCCAGUUUGCAGUGCACUUUGCCAGCCUUGUCUACCUCGUCCAGGAGGCUACUGCACGGUCACCACCUCGGCCUGAGAAAUUUGCUGAUAGGGACGACGAGUUCAAGCCAUCCCUCCUCAACAGCACUGUGUACAUCAUAUCCAUGGCUCUGCAGGUGUCCACAUUUGCCAUCAACUAUAGGGGCUACCCAUUCAUGGAGAGGCUGAGUGAGAACAAGCCACUUCUGUACAGCCUGCUCAUAUCGGGUGUUUCAGUCGUUGCACUCGUGGCUGGCCUGGCACCGGACGUGGCCAAGCAGUUUGAAAUAGUCCAAUUUCCUGGAGAUAUGCAGCGGAUCAUUCUGCAAGUGCUGGCCUUUGACCUUGUCUGCGCAUUUGUUGUCGAUCGCACCUGUCUUUUUAUUUUUGGCCAGGCAAAGCUGCGCAACUCUUGAGCAAUGCCAGGGCAUAAUAAACUGCGGUGUCAUUCCUGCAUAAGCCACAA